AUGUCAUCUCCUUACGCCUCAGUAAAGGCGCAAUUCUCUACCCUCCCUGCUUUCACCCCACCAGUACCUACCGCUCUACUCCCCUACAUCGCCUUCUUCACCCUUCUCACGUUCUUCAUCCUCUCCUUCAUGUUCACAACACUGCCGAGAUCAAAGAACAUCGUGCCGGAAUUAGGGACCGCAGCGAUUGCGACUUUCGCUGCCAUCGCGCGGGCUCAAGCAUCACAGGUCUUCUUGCCCGGCUCCGCCGACUCGCUCGAAUGGAUCAGCCGCAAUUUUUCACUUCCCAAGGUCAUUAUCUACUCUACCGGCGGAACGAUACUCGCUGCUUCGACCUACUCUCGCCUUGACAAUCUAGCUUAUGGCGAGCACCAAACUCACCCUCCAACUGCUCGAACUCUUAUCGACGAGGUUGACGAGGUACUCGAUAUCGCUCAGGUCGCUAUCGUCACAUUGCCUCCCCGGAUCAGCAAUGAUCUUACCUCGCAAUACUUCGUCAACAUUUCGCGGCACUUCUCGAUACAUGCUUGUCGAGCGGACUCGGACAUUGCGGGGGCUAUCGUCCUUCAUGGAACGAGCACGCUAGCUGAGACUAUCUUCGGCAUCGACCUUACACUCCCCUGCUCAAAGCCGAUCGUCGCUGUUGGCUCCAUGCGGCCGCAGCGCGCUCUCUCAUCCGACGCCUACCUCAACUUCUACCAAGCAAUCUCUACCGCCAUAUCUCCUUCUUCUCGGGGACGCGGAGCGCUCAUCGUCGGGAACGACCACAUCACCUCUGCCUUCUUCGGUACGAAGGCCCACGCAAACAACCCGGAUACAUUCAUGGCCCUCGAGCAAGGUCAUUUGGGGUAUCUCUUCGCGGGACAACCGUACUACUUUUACGAUGCUGCGCGGCCUACCGGGAAGCAGUUCUUCGACCUGAGCCAAGUCGAGGGGGACCUACCACAGGUGGAUAUUUUAUAUGGUCAUAUCGAGUUCGAUGCAGACCUGAUGUAUGCUUCUGUCAAAUUGGGCUCUCGCGGCAUCGUCAUCGUGGGUAUGGGCGCUGGCGACCUCAAUGCUGCAGGUGACGUUGCAGCUGAAGAGCUGGCAUUGCGGGGUAUACCUGUCAUCGUCUCGGCCCGGCCAUAUACUGGCUCCUCGUUUCCCAGGCCUCACCCAGACAGCAAAUUCAAGACGAACUGCAUGUCCGCGGAGCACGCCCGGAUCCAGCUGCAGCUAUGUCUCGCUACAGGCAUGAAGAUGGAGGCGAUUCGAGAGGCAUUUGAAGGUCCGUUCAGGCGGGCCGUUUAUAACGAGGCAACGAGGUUCUACUACCCUGCUCGAUAG